GCUGCAUUGGUCCUCUUCGCGUUAAGACGGGCCACGGAUCAUCUGUGAUUACCUCUCUGCCGGAGUCCUUUCCCGCAGACAACGAACGAGAGCAUCGCGAGCAAUAAGAAACAGUCGAAAUAUGGCAGCACCACAGGCGUCAUCGCGUCUCGAAAUGCUGCAGGCCCGCUUCCAGCAGAAGCAGCUGCAGGAGAAGGAGCAGAAGUUGCUGCAGCUGUACGAUCAGCAGCAGCAGAGGGCCUAUCAGGUGGUGCAGCGCGGUAGCGCCGGUUCCAACUCCGGCUCGACUCACGGUAGCACCGCGGUCAGGACCGCGGCGUCGACGACCACGGCGACGACGGCGACCCAUACGACCUCGACCUCGCAAGGCGGCAAGGUGAGGCAAAUGUUCGACGAGAGACGGCAGACUACCGUGAAGGGAAUCGACAGGAGCUACCCGCUGGAACCGCUCGAGAACAAGAUGCGGAAGCAAGCGAAUACGAACGGCGGCGUGGCGAUGAACCAGAGGAACGGCAACGUGACGGUGAACCGACAGUCCGUGAAACGCGUGACGCGCGCGGACGUCAACAGCAACGUUAACGGCGGCAAGCCCGUCGUUUCUUACCACGAGGAGGUCAUUCGCGACUCGUUCGGUCCGUCCGUCGUACGUCGUUACGACGACGAGGACGAGUACGGCGUCGAGAAUCGCGUCGCCACGUUCGCCAACGGGCAUUAUCGUCACGAGGCUGACAAUGAGCAAGAAGAAGCGUUGGACCAGGAGAUGAUGGAGAGAAACCGUAUGAUGGCGAAAAUCCAUCUGAUGGGAUUCGACGAGACUCUGAAGCAUCGCGUGAGAAACGAUUUGGAGAGCGAGGAGUUUCCGGAAUACCUCAUGGCGGAUGUGCCCGACAAACUCUCGAAGAGGAACGUCACGAAGAAAUUGUCACAGGCGGAGGAGCGACUCGAGCGAUUCAAGAACGCGAACGCGAAGAGAGGCAACAUGCCGAAACAGUCGACCUCAUCUAACGCGAUGAUAAGGAACAAGCGGUCGGAGCAAGUGAUUCCAGCAAAAUCGAAUUCCAGACUGUGGAGCGAGAUCGCCGGAACUUCCCCGACCAGCGCGAGAAGCGGUAGUAGCCGGGCCUCCGUGCGCAGUCAAAGGAGUCUCGAAAAUGCGAAAAGUCCUUUGCCGGCUGGAACUCGCGUAGUUGACGAAAUGAGACGAAGGGAAAGUUCGGACACCGAGACGCUCGGCCGCACGAGUCCGCGUAGCUUCUCGACGAGAGCGACUACAAAGGCCGAGGUCACCUCGGGAAUUUAUCCCAGGAGGAAUGAGUUUAAGUCAUUGACGUCCGACGGAAAGAUAUUUGUAAGACGUAGCGCGAGUCCGCAGUACUUCUGCAGAGAAUCCGAGAGAUCUGGCACGACUAUGAGCAUCGAUCGAAGGUCCGCUUCGCCCGAAUCGCCGUUAUUUCAUCAAGAAACGUUAAUGAAACGGAGCGGCAGUCCGCGAUUUUUCUCUAGUGACUCUCGCAAACCGAGUGAAUCUGAAAAAUCACCGAUAUGGGGUAACGGAGAAAUUUCGUCGAGGCAAAGCGCGAGUCCGCAAUAUUUCCGUCGCGGAUCCGAACGAUCCGACACAGCUAUGAGUACCGAUCGAGAAACGGUACUCGGAUCUAAAGCCGAAUGGCGCAAGGGAAUAUCUAAAUCGCCACUGCACGAAGACAACAUGUUAGAAAGACGAAGCACCAGUCCGCAAUUCUUUUGCAAAGAAUCCGAACGAUCCGCCACGACUAUGAGCAUCGAUCGUGCAACCAACGAAUCUAAAUCGCCGUCGUACGAGUAUCGUGAAAUGGUAAGGAAGCGAAACGCAACUCCGCGAUUCUUUUUCAACGAGUCCGAACAAUCUCGCAGAACGAGUGAAUCUAAAUCGUCGACAUGGGACAAAGGAACUUCGUCAAGACAAAGCACGAGUUCACGAAAUUUAAAAAAGCGAAGCACCAGUCCGCAAUUCUUUUGCAAAGAAUCCGAACGAUCCGCUACGACUAUGAGCAUCGAUCGUGCAACCAGCGAAUCUAAAUCGCCGUCGUACGAUCGUGAAAUAGUAAGGAAGCGAAACGCAACUCCGCGAUUCUUUUUCAACGAGUCCGAACAAUCUCGCAGAACGAGUGAGUCUAAAUCAUCGACAUGGGACAGAGGAACUUCGUCAAGACAAAGCACGAGUUCACGAAAUUUAAAAAAGCGAAGCACCAGUCCGCAAUUCUUUUGCAAAGAAUCCGAACGAUCCGCCACGACUAUGAGCAUCGAUCGUGCAACUAGCGAAUCUAAAUCGCCGUCGUACGAUCGUGAAAUAGUAAGGAAGCGAAACGCAACUCCGCGAUUCUUUUUCAAUGAGUCCGAACAAUCUCGCAGAACGAGCGAAUCUAAAUCAUCGACAUGGAGUGACAAAAGAAUUUCGCCAAGCACGAGUCCGCAAUAUUUUCGUAAAUCCAAACAAUCCGACGCAGCUAUGAGUGCCGAUCGAAAAAUUGUCGGAUUCAAAUUGUCCGAGUGGAGCAAAGGAAUGUUAACAAAGCGAGACGAUACGACUGAUGAUUUCAAACGGAAAAAAGUUCAAACAAAUACGAAUCUUCUCGGUCGACUAUUUUCUCCAUCUACAUCGCCACUUUAUAAAGAGAAAAUAUUAAAAAGACGAAGUACCAGUCCGCAAUUCUUCUGCAAAGAAUCCGAGCGAUCCGCCACGACUAUGAACAUCGAUCGAAAGUCCGAUUCAUCUGGGUCACCGUUAUUUCAUCGAGAAACGUUAACGAAACACAGUAAAAAUCGGCCAUUUUUCCUCAAUCAAUCUCGCAGAAUGAGCGAGUCUAAAUCGCCGGUAUCGGAUGGCAGAGGAAUUUCGUCAAAACCAAGCACGAGUCCGCAAUAUCUCCGUCGUGAAUCCAAACGAUCCGAUACGGCUAUGAGUACCGAUCGAGAAACUAUCGGCUCCAAAUCGUCCGAGUGGAGCAAGCGAAGCGCAAGUCCGCGAUUCUUCUGCAGAGAAUCCGAACGAUCUGGCACAACUAUGAACAUUGAUCGCAAAGUUGGUGAACCUAGAUCGUCGUCGUAUGAUCGAAAAAUAUCGACGAAGCGAAGCGCAACUCCACGGAUGUUAAAAGGAAGAACCGAGCAACGAUCUUCAAUUACAAGCAUCGAUCGGAAAUAUGGUGGAUUUAAAUCACCUGGAAUUACGCGCGACAAGCGCACCACGAGCCCGCAAUUUUUCUGCAAAGAAUCCGAAAGAUCUGCUACAACGAUGCUGAUCGAACCGAGACCGAGAUCAACGGACUCCACCAAAAGUAUAUUAAAGCAGCGCAGUUAUGACUCAGAUACUUCCUACAGGCGACCUGUGAAAUCUCCGAUUGACAAAAAGGUCAGUUCUACGAAAGGUAGGCACACUCCGAGUCCUUCGGUCACUGGACACGAAGUGAAAGACGCUUCGAAGAAACGCGAAGUCCCUGGCAAUGUUACAGAAGCUCGCAGAUCGUCGAGAAUCUCGGAGACCUCCUCGGCCAGCUCGCUCGUAAACCUCAAGUACGGCCUGGAAUUCGAUAACAUUUUCCAAUCAUCAGGUCUCGUUCGUAAGUUUAUGAAGUCCCAAAAUGGAAAACAACAGCGUGCGACACGUCACUCGCCUUCGAAACGCAACGUCAAGAACAGAAAUGCUCGAAUCUCCCCGAGAGGUAAUAAUCAAUCGAAGGGUCGACGUGGUACUUCGUCGCAUGUCCAAACAGCGAGAUCACCGUCGUCCAUCGAAGGCUGCAGGAGGAGAGCCACGCCGGAGUUCUCUCGCAAAAGUAUCACUCCGACAGAAGUUGACAUGGACAUUCAAGAGAUUACUAUGACGGAUCAUCGUAUCGAGCGCGACAAACUGCAGCAAAAAGCGCCGAGUCCAAUAUCGAAGCGACAAUUUGAUGGAGCGUACGCGCAAUCGUCCAUCAGCGUGGGAGCGAAAUUCAAAACUUCGACCGUUCGCGGGACGCACGGACAGAGAGAGCCCGUUUUGGAGACGAGCGUUUUCCAAUCAAAGGAAGGCGAAGCGCGACGGCGCGCGAGUUCUCGAUCAUCGAAUCGUUCCGCGGCAAGUGCGGCUGACAGUCCGCGAGCAAAGUCUCCCGAUUUUUCCAGAGUGAAAAAAUAUCCCGGCACGGUCCCGCCGAUUCUAUACGACUUCGCGGAGAGGACCAAAGGAGCACGCACGAAACUCGAUCGAUCGCAAACCUCGAGAUCUGCAGACGACGAAUAUAAUCGGGGGCGAGGAGGAGGAGGCGAGGGUGAAAGUGUAGCGGUGGAUGAAGUUGACGCCGGGAUCGGCGUGAGGUAUCAUCAAACGGUAGCCAAAACCGCUUUGAAUAAAGAGAACAAGGGCCAUUGCGAAGUUAUUCGCCCAAAGUCCUCUGAUCGGAUCGCAAGCAGAAGGGUCUUCCCGCGCGAAACGACGCGGAAGCCGACAAAGUCGAGCACUUCAAAGAAAAUAAUUUCCCCGACGAGAGACUGCGGCAGGCGACACGACGUGAAGUCUAGGGUUUCACCACGAGUCUCACCAUUACGGAAAACAGCAGAGAUUGCUCGCAGUAGCGCCUGCACCCCGAAAAUUUUCUCGUCCCGGAGUAUCGAGUCGAGGGCGGAUCAAAGCGCCGCGUCCAAAUUUUCGUCGCGCACCGUCGAGGAUCGCAGAAGCGAGAGUGUGCUGGUCGCGAAAAAAUUGGCGAAAUCGCUCGACGAAAUGAGCGUAAAACGUAACACCGAAGAGCCGGGGAAUAUCGUGAGAGAACUUUCCCUAGUUCGUCGCGAGGGCGAGAAAGAUCUCGCAAGAAUGGACUCCGUGGAGUCGGCGUUGAAACGUUUCGAUUCCAUAGGCGCGGAAUUCGAACGUGCAAGCCCGACGAGCUUGCGGGAGUCUUCCGAGAUAUCCCUGCAAACGAUGGAUAUCCAAAAAGAAGCCCCUACUAAAGAAUCGAUCGCCUCGGAAGGAACAACCGUCCCUUCUCGCGAGGCAACGGGUCGUACGAUUUUGAGAACGACGCUAAAAUCUCCAGUCGGCAAAGAUGUGAAAGCCGGAAACGCCGCGUGCAAAAGUGAUUUGGGGAUUCUCCAAAAGGAGACUCGUUUCUCUAAGAGAGGCGGGGACGCCUGCACCGAGAGCGAGCGAGGACCAGCGAAAAUUCGAUCACCGACGUGCAAGCGGCGAUUGUUUGAAUCCGAUUCGGAGUCCCGAGAAGGGCGACCAAAAUCGAGUCGCGCAAAAGUGCGAAAGGGUGAGAAUUGUUCCAUCGUAAAUCUGAGACUUCGUAAAGACGAGGCGGUCUCGAAUCGCGACGAUACGAGAAAAUCGACGACACCGGAAGAAAUGAUUACGUUUUCGGUGAAACCCUUGCGGUCCAUCGAGGAUAUACGAAAAUUGAUCGACAACGAACGUAGCAAAUUAGUCGCUACGAAAGAGUCGAGGUCGGCGAUUGCAAAUCGGCGUGCGGCCUCGCGAGAGCGUGCCGACGCGAAGAGAUCGAGUCCCGUGACCGAUGCAGCGAGAAACGUACUUCUCGGGGCCGAUCCCGCGAGAUUGACUUAUAAAAUUGAGUCCUGUGUAUCCAGGAUCACGAAGAGCCCGAGUCCCGAUUCGGCUGCGACCAAGCAGCGCGAAACGAACGCGCGAACGACAAGAGGAAGCGCUCCUUCGUCCCCCUCGAAAAGUCCUGAUGUUGCCCCUAGGCGCACAGCUACGGAAUCGAGGAAUCAAGAAGCGAAGCCCUCGAGAAGAUCGACGAAAGGCGCGGAUUCGACCGGAAGUAGAACGGUAACCGGAGCAAUCGACACAGCCGACGGCUUUGUUCUCCAAAACGAUUCGCCGAACGAAUCUACAAGGAAAUCCGACGCCUUCGUGGUCGACUACGACGAUCGACCAUCGAAAGAAGACGACGCGAUGCCGUCGAAAAAAUCAUCGAUGAGGAAGCCUUUUAACGAUAAGCAACAGACAGCUUCCAGUGCGUCAGGCCGGCCGACCUCGUCGUCGAAUUCCAGUGUUAACUUAAUUCAAGAUUCCAGCGCGAAAAGUAAAAUGGCGGAAAGUGAAAGAGGAAAAGGAAUAGGAAAAGGAGUAGGUAAAAGUAGAGGUAAAAAUACGGAAAAGCCUUCUUCCGGUACUAGUAAGCUUGCAAACGCGUCAAGUUUCAACGAAGAUGCAACUAACGACACGAAGGGUCUGACAAAGUGUAAAACGUGCGGACGUAGCUUCGCGCAGAAUCGAAUCGAUCUCCACGAACAGAUCUGUAUGAAAACGACGACCAAGAAGAGGAAGCAGUUCGACCCGGUGAUGUGCCGAGUCAAAGGAACCGAACUCGAGCCUUUCGUUAGGAAAAGUUUCACUAAUAAUAAGCGAGAGACGAAAACGAAGAAGCCGGAGAUCAAGCCGGACUGGCGGCGCAAGCACGAGGAAUUCAUCAACGCGAUCCGCUACGCGAGGGAUACGCAGGCACGAUUGGCCGCGGGCGAAAAUCUGAACGAUCUGCCGCCGCCGCCGCCCAGCGACACCAGCGAUUACGUCCCGUGCGAGCACUGCGGCAGGAAGUUCAGUCGGUCCGCCGCCGAGCGGCACAUUCCGAUUUGCAAGCGUAUGCACGACAAGAAGCAGACGCCAGCGCCGAGAGCGAGACGCUAGGAAGGAGGUCGCGAUCCCGACGCCUAUCAGGCUUCCCCGAAUUCUGCGAAGAAAAGAAAAUCUUGUACUUCCCCCCCCCCCUCCUCACCCCAUAAAUUAGCGUCUACUUUUUUUUUAAACGCACUCUUCCCCUCUUUCCCGCCGAUUCACAAGCGUAACACUCCCUUCCUCGAAUGGUACGCGAGACGCGACCUCACUCCAUCUCGAAACUUUCGCCUGCUCCCCGUCUAACGUCGAAACAUGGGUCAAAAGAUUUGAUAUAGGUUGAACCUGAAGAGCUUGUUUCUAAAGCUUCUAAAUUUAGGACAGCAUUAAUUUAGAACAGGAAGUGGGUUUCUUCGACUCGAAUGUGAUUUGCGACAGCGCUACGACGCUGUCGGUCUAAAUCGAGAAGCAGGCGAGAAUUAUAUUAAUAAGAAAGAAGAUUAUCUAUAAACUAACGGCAUGUCGUAAUUGGUCGACAAAUUUGAGGUGAUCGAAUAUGACAGCAAUAAUAAGCAAUUGAUGUUUAAAAGUAUACUGCUGAAUAUCGCUUUUCAUUCGUGACUCUGCUAUCGCCCAAGCGGGAGCUUUGAAUAACUAUCGAUAAAAUUUUUUAUCAAUUGAAUUUUAUACUCGUUUCGUAAUUAAAUGCAUUUUUAUAACUGCAAGGAUUAUACACGCGAAAAUAAAGCUGUGAAAAGAAGAUGCGCCGAUAAUGUACAUGAAAAUAUAUUAUACAUUGGCACAAA